AUGAGGUCCAACUUGCCGCCACAGCCGUCGAUUCCGCAGCCGGACCCCAUGGUCGGGCGCAGAAUAGACAUGCUUGAACAGCGACUCAAUGCAACAGAGCAAAGCAAUCGCACGUUACUUGACGAACUUAUGCGUCUGCAACAGGAACUCAAGAUGAAUGUUAAAAAGAACGAAAUGGGAUUGGUCGAGGAGAAGGAAGGUCGGUCCCGUCUCGACGCCGCCUUCCGCCAAUCACAGAACAAGACGUAUGAGAUGGAGGACAGGAUUCGUCGGUGCGAGGACGGGAUUAAGGAAACUCGAAAUGCCAUGCAGCAGAUGACGUCACACACGAAGAGCAUCGAAAUGGCUCUCAAAUCAGCUGAGCAAGAACAGAUGGAGAGACGUGGCAACAGCGCUCAGAGACUACAAGAAUACCGCCACGAGGUCAUGAAGAUGAACCAGAGCAAAGAACAGCUCGAACGGCUCGUCUAUUCCAUGAGGGACGACGUCAGGGAAGCCACGACGCGGGUGGAGGGGCUGACGCAGGAGUUGGGGUCCCUGGAGGCCAACGUCAAGAUGCAGGGGAGGCUGAUGGAGGAGAGCAACAGCAGGAGGAACACGCCGCAACUCGCCCUCCCGAAGACGCCGGUUGAGGACGGCAAGAUGGCGGAGGGCGUGCGACUCGCGCUGGAGGGGAAAAUGAUCCAGAUGAACACGCUGAUCCAGGACCUGACGCAGAGAAUCAACGCAGAAGCCAAAAAGAGAGAGAAAGUCGAAACGGAUGUCAAUAUCAGGAUCAACGAGCUCCUCGAGGACUACGGCAGCACGAAGGUCGAGAAGGACAAGGAGAUGAGGGAGUUCGACGACAAGAUGAAGGAACUCCAGGCAGGAUUCAGCGCCAACGAGAAACAGAGGAUCCUGAUGGAGAUCUCGUCGGUGGCGCAGGAUCUCAACACCAAGAUUGACCAGAAGGAAGCCAAACUCCGCGACGACACUGUAAACAAACUCACCGUCAUCGAGAAAACAUUAACGGAGGAAAACCGAAGGAGAGCCGCGAAGGAAAAGGAACUACAAGAAAGUGUGGAUAAACAGAUGAAGGAAGCGCAGAUGAGAGAGAACGACGGGACGGCAGCGCUCAAGAAACAUAUGGAGCAACACGAAACUCAAGUCCGGAACAAACUCGGCGAGAUGACCACCACCAUCAACAACCUGGAAGCGGACGUCAAGCAGUACCAGCUGGAGCAGGAGAAGGUCAUGGCAGCGGAGAUCACGCAGCGGCAGAACGAGAAUAAAAUUCUAGAAGCCAAAAUAGACGACCUCGAAGACAGACAGAGGCGGGGCUUAGCGUCCCUCCAGUCAGCUGUUGGCGAUGUGGCAGCCAAUAAGAACACGGGGAGGAAGUCACCUGAUUAUGACGAGAUCCAGCGCCUCCAGAGCGAGAACGCCGACGGGAUCCGCGAGCAGGUGGCCAAGGACGUGGCGCGGAUCGAGGGCCGGCUGGGCACCGUGGAGACGAAGGUGCAGCAGCAGGAGAAGAGGAUGGAUAACAAGCUGCAGUCGGCCAAGGCACAAGACAAGGAAGCCAACUCCAUCAUGGGAGACAAGAUGCAGCAGCAGAUCGACAACGUCAUCUUCAGCCAGGAACGUCUCAAGAAGCAGGUGGACUCCUUGCAGAACAAAGUGCAGGACACCCCCAGGAGCGUGGCGAACCUCAAGGAGGAGAUGGAGGACAUGGAGCAGCGUCUGAGCAAGAAAGUGGACCAGGAGAGGAAGGAGCGAAUGGACGACGUGGCUGAACUGCGCUCGGAUAUCGAUAAGAUCGUUGGAAGGAACGAGAGCGUGGGAACCGUGCCGAGCUUGGUGGUGUCGGGCCGCCUCAACCAAGACGUGGACGAGACGCAGACGGGGAUGAAGAAGCUGGCGGAGGCUGUGCACGUCGUCAAGGGCUUCCUGUCCGACAAGAUCAAGGAAGAGAAGAAGACGAGGGUGCAGGAGGACUCGCUCCUGAAGAAGGACGUGGAGCGACUCAACACGAAGUACUCGGAGUUGAGCGAUAAGAUCAGGAGUAGUGCUUAA